AUGACUGAAAAGAGCGGUGAAGUGUUGGUUGAUCGUAAUCAGCAGUCGGCUGAUGCACACAAGAAAUUCUAUUCUACGAAUAUUUCUGUAGUGCGGAAACAUGCAAGAAGUCCGGGAAUAAUCCUACAAUUAAGUGCUUUGAUAUGGUUAACCCUACAAAAUUCAACGCAUACAUUAUUAUUGCGGUAUUCGAGGGUGCGAGUUGUCGAGGAGGUGUUUCUUCCAUCAGUUGCUGUAUUUUUCACUGAAGUUCUCAAAUUAAUCAUCUGUCUACUUUUCAUCAUUUAUGAAGAAAAGAGCGUAAGCAGUAUGCUGGACCUUGUGAAACGAGAAGUAUUUUAUAAUUCGAAAGAUACUUUUAAAAUUUGCAUUCCCGCAGUGAUCUAUAUUAUACAAAAUAAUCUCUUUUAUAUGGCAGCAUCUCAUCUGGAGGCAGCAGCAUAUAUGGUGACUGCACAAUUGAAAAUUUUCACAACAGCAAUAUUUGCAGUAAUUAUGUUGAAAAGAACCAUUGCUAGGAGACAGUGGUUAUCUCUUGGUAUACUUUUUGUUGGUAUAUGUCUUGUUCAGUUGGACCAGCAUGGAGCAAAGAAAACAUCGUCUUUCAGUGAUCCUUAUUUAGGGCUUUUGGCUUCUAUUUCUGCAUGCAUCCUUUCCGGUUUUGCAGGAAUAUAUUUCGAAAAAAUUUUGAAGACCAGCCCAUCUGUAUCGGUGUGGACGCGUAAUGUGCAGUUGUCAAUGUUUGGAAUACCUUCAAGUCUCACUGCUUCCAUUAUGAAGGACCAUGAAACAAUUUUUAAUGAAGGUAUGCUAUACGGUUUUGAUAUGCUAGUUUGGAUUGUUGUUUUCUGGUAUUGCAUUGGUGGUUUAUCCGUUGCAGUAUGUAUUAAAUAUUGUGGUAAUAUAGCGAAAAAUUUUGCAACAUCGGCUGCUAUCAUUAUCAGUAUGGUUGUAUCAGUAUAUCUUUUCGAUUUCAUUCCGAAUCCAUUAUUUUUACUUGGAACCGGAUUUGUUAUCACCAGUAUUUUUCUAUAUUCUUCAUAG